ACAUCAUGCAGAUUGCUCUAUAUUCCAGGUGCUUUAUUAGCUGGACUUCUUGGAAUUAUUGUUGACAUUCCUGUGGUUACGGUCGUUUCCAUAUACAAGAGCCCUUACAUGCUUUUCAAGGGAUGGCAUCGAUUGUUUCAUGAUCUUAUAGGUCGGGAAGGGCCUUUCUUGGAGACUAUAUGUGUGCCAUUCGCAGGUCUUGCCAUCCUACUUUGGCCAUUGGCAGUUACUGGAGCUAUAUUGGGUUCAAUUUUAUCAAGUGUCUUUUUAGGUGCUUAUGCAGCUGUUGUUGCUCACGAGGAAUCCUCUAUUUGGUUCGGGCUCUGCUAUAUUAUCUCAUCCUUGUCCAUUUAUGAUGAAUACAGUAAUGACAUUCUUGACAUGCCAGAAGGCUCCUGCUUUCCUAAGCUCCAGUACCGGAAGAAACGGCCACCAUCCCAAACCAGCUCUCGUACAACUUCUUUCUCGAGACCUAACUCUUUUCGAAAUCCACCCUCUCGUUUGCCCUCUUUCAAGAAUUCAAUAAUUGAGUUGAAGUCCCUCGAGUUGCUUGACGGUUUAUUUGUGGAGUGUAAAAAGCACGGAUUGGUUCUGGUUGCUGAAGGAUUGAUAAGACCGGAAGAUAUAGAAGACUCUAAAUCAAGCACAGGUGGCAGCAGAGUUUUAACCAUUGGUUUACCAGCUUAUUGCAUACUUCAGGCACUUCUGCGUUCUGCCAAUGCCAAUGUUGAGGGUAUAUUGCUAAAUGACAAUGAGACUCAGAUAACUUCAACCAACAGGCCAAAAGAAUCUUUCUUUGAUUGGUUCUUCAACCCCCUCUUGAUUUUGAAAGAUCAGAUCAAAGCUAAAAACCUUACAGAAGCUGAGGUGAACUACCUUUGCAAAUUGGUCUUGUUGAGCUGCCAGCCAGAUAGACUGCAAAAUUUGAAUCUACCACCACCAGAAACUGAGCAGAAACUAGCUGAACUUGAUGCAUUUGCCCGAAGGCUCCAAGGGAUCACCAAGAGUAUCUCAAGGUAUCCAACUUUUAGGCGACAUUUUGUUAGUCUUGUUCGAUGUCUAUCUCAUGAGCUUGCAGUGAAGAAUAGUGAUGGUCAAUCGACCAAUGCAUCUCGAUCAACUACAAGGUCAAGAAGUGGCUUGGCUCAGAUUUUAAGCCAGAAUUCAUUUGGAAUCAGAACAAACCAUCAAGGAGCUGAUACAGAAUGAGGCAAAAGUAGUUGCUGGAAAUGGUUCAGAACUUGCAUGAGCCAUGAAUGGAGAAGCUGAUUAUUGUGGUUUACUUUCAUUUUUAGAUUCUUUUAAUCUUCUCAUUAACAUUCAUUGUACGAAUGAAGGAAAGGAAUUAGUGCAAGAAAAUUCAGUCUAAAGAAAGAAAUUAAUGCAAGAAAUUUCAGCCCAAA